CUCUAACUAUUCAUCUUACUAGAGCUAGCUCUACGUUCCUUGCCAUAGGGCAUUCUUCUUACAGAAAGUAAGACCUUAUAAAGCUCUGAUAACUCUCUUUCCAGGUUUCCAUUUUCCUUGCACUGCAACUUCCUUUGUAACUUUUCCACAAAAAAGCUUGUUACUAAGUUUCCAAUGGCUUCCACUAGCUCCGAAACACCCUCUUUACCUGGUUCGAACUACGUUGUUUUUCUCAGUUUUCGGGGUGAGGACACCCGCCAUAGCUUUACAGACCAUUUAUACAAGGCAUUUAUAUUGAGAGGCAUUGAAGCCUUUAGAGACAGCGAAAAACUCCAACUAGGACAAGAAAUUGCUUCUGAGCUGAUACAAGCAAUAGAAAAAUCCCAGUAUGCAAUUGUUGUUUUCUCAGAAAAAUAUGCCGAUUCCAAAUGGUGCUUGGAUGAACUUGCUAAAAUUGUUGAAUGCAAAAUAAAUAAGAGACUUGAAGUGGUGCCCGUCUUUUACCACGUAGAUCCCUCCGACGUGCGGAAGCAGACUGGGCCAUUUGAAAAAGCCUUUGACGAACAUCAGAAAAAUGACAAAAUCGACAGAGAGAAGAUUCAAAAAUGGAAAGAUGCUAUGAGAGAAGUGGGGAGUUUAUCCGGCGAGCAUUUACGUCCACAACCACAUCAAAGGUCUGAGGCAGAAUGUAUCCAAGACAUUGUGGAAGAGGUAUUAAAUAAAUUGAGAAAUACAGCACAUACCAUGGAACUAAUAGGAAUGGAAUCCCGAGUUGAGAAAUUGAAGUCAUACUUAACUAUAGAGUCAAAUGAUGUUCGCAUUAUAGGAAUUUGGGGGACAGGAGGAAUGGGUAAGACAGCUCUUGCAAGAGUUGUUUAUAGUAUGGUUUCCAAUCAUUUUGAAGCUUGCUGUUUUAUUGCUAAUGUUAGGGAAGAAUCUGAAAAAUGUGGUUUAUGCAAGUUACAAAAAAAACUUUUGAAAAAACUUUUGAUGCUAAAAAAUUUGAAUUUGAAUCUACAAGAUGUUGAUGAUGGAGUUCAAAUGAUCAAGAAUAGGUUACAUAACAAAAAGAUUCUUCUUGUUCUUGAUGACGUAAAUGAAUUAGACCAAUUGAAGAAGUUAGCAGGGGAUCAUUGUUGGUUUGGUUCAGGUAGUAGAAUUAUGAUAACAACAAGAGAUAGGCAUUUGUUAGUGUAUCAUGAAGGAACUGAAAUAUAUGAGGCUGAAGUAUUGAAUCAUGAUGAAGCUCUUAAACUUUUUAGUUUGAGAGCUUUUAAAAUGGACCAUCCAACUGAAGAUUAUGGAAAGCUAUCUCAAGCUUUUGUAGAUUAUUGUAAGGGGCUUCCUUUGGCCCUUGAAAUUUUGGGUUCUUUCUUGUUCAAAAGAAGCAUUGAUGAUUGGGAAAGUGAAUUGAAUAGGCUCAUCGAAUUUUGUGAUAGAGGAAUUCUCAAUGUGCUUCAAAUAAGUUUUUAUGGACUACGACAAACAGAGAAGGAAAUUUUCUUAAAUAUUGCAUGCUUUUUUAAUCACAAGAAUGGAGAUGACGUCAUAAAAAUACUAGACUAUCUUAGGCUUCAUGCUAGAAUUGGAUUGAGUGUUCUUAUUGACAAGUCUCUCAUUAAAUUGCAUGAAAAUCAAUUGUGGAUGCAUGAUUUACUACAAGAAAUGGGUCGAGAUAUAGUUUGUCAAGAGUGCAAAGAUCUUCCUGAGGAACGUAGUAGAUUGUGGUCAUUUGACGACAUCAACAAUGUGCUGACAGAAAAUACGGGAACAAAGAAAAUUCAAUGCAUAGGACUAGAGAUGCAUGAACCAAAAAAUGUAGAAUGGAAUCCUGAGGCCUUUUCAAAGAUGCAAAAUCUAAAAUUGCUUAAAAUUUGUGGUGUUCAACUUAUGCAUGGUCUCAAACAUCUUCCUAGGAGCUUAAGAGUUCUUGAAUGGAGAGAGUACCCUUCAAAAUCAUUGACAUCAAGUUUCCUAUCAAAGUGUUUUGAGAAUUUGAAAUUCAUUGCUCUAAAGCUUACUGAAGGCCCAGACAUCAAUAACGUCCCAAAUCUUAAGAGUUUGGUUCUUCAAAAUUGUAUAAAUUUACGUAGGAUUCACCCAUCAAUUGGAAUUCAUAAAAAGCUUACUAUUCUUGAUUUAAGUGGGUGCAAGAACCUCACAAGUCUUCCAAGCAAGUUUGAAAUGGAGUGUCUUAAGGAACUUAAUCUUGCUUGGUGCUCAAAAAUAACAAAACUUCCAGAAUUCAGCAGAAACAUGAAAUGUGUACGCCGUAUUUUUUUAACUGGUGCUGCUGCAAUUACAACACUACCCACGUCAAUUGAGAAUUUGGCUGCCCUACGCUACCUUUAUUUGAUAGAUACUGCAAUUACAACACUACCCACGUCAAUUGGGCAUUUGGCUGCCCUAAGCAUCCUUAAGUUGGGUGGUUCUGCAAUUACAACACUACCCACUUCAAUUGAGCAUUUGACUAACCUUGGUGAGUUGGAAUUAACUAAUUGCAAAAAUCUUGUGCAUUUACCUGAUACCAUUUUUAAUUUAAAGUUGGUUAGAGUAGUCAAUCUUGAGGGAUGCUCAAAACUGGAUAGACUGCCAGAGAACCUAGGGAAUGCCGAAAGUCUAAGGUGUUUGGCAUUGGGCGAAACUGCUAUAAGAGAGGUCCCUUCUUCCAUUGGUCUCUUAAAACAUCUUGUUGAGCUAACUAUCAGUGGAUGUAAGGGGUUAUCAUCUAAUAAAUCGUGGUAUGAGCUCCUCCCGUUUUGUUCAAUGCCAACAAGUCCUCAUCCCAUCGACUUGCUAUUCUCUUCUCUAUCUCUGUCACCUGCGUCUUCUUUAUUCUGGUUAGAUUUAAGUUACUGCAAUCUCAAGGCAAUCCCCAAUGAUAUUGGUUCCUUAUUCAAUUUAUAUGAUUUGUAUCUAAGUGGAAAUGAUUUUGUUUGCCUUCCGGAAAGCAUCAUUCAACUUUCGAAUUUGGAAUUGCUGAGGUUGAAUAAUUGCACAAGUCUUCGAUCAUUGCCAAAGCUUCCAUUGAAUAUUCAACGUGUUGAGGCAGAAGGUUGUAUCUCACUGGAAAUGUUACCAGAUCCAUUAAAACCAAGCGAUUCAUUGGAACCACGAUCUCUCGGUCUUCAAAAUUGCUUUAAAUUGGCUGACAAUCAAAGCUGCAUAGACUGGUUUAUCUCAGGGAUAAAAAAGUACCUCAAGCUCACUCCCUCUCUCCCUCUCUCAGUCAUAAAAACCAAUCCUUAUAAUCCAUAUGCCAUUGUUAUUCCUGGAAGUGAAAUUCCUGAGUGGUUUAGCCACCAAAGCAUGGGGAAUGAAGUGAAAAUAAAACUACCUUCUCAUUUGUGUAAGAAGGUGGGAAUUGCUUUUUGCGUUGUGUUUUGUACGAAUAAUUUUGAUUCAUAUCCCCGUCUUGCAUAUUCGUUGAUAGCCAAUGGAAAAAGAAUUGAGAUUGAUGACUAUCACUCAAUUAAUAAGGUUUCAUCAGAUCACGUUUCGCUAGUCUAUGUCGUUCCUCAAUACUUGGACGAGGAAUCAAAUAAAUUAUUGUGGGAAGGUGACGUGAAUGGAUUCAGUCAGAUUAGAAUUAAAAUUGAAAGCAGCCGUGUCAAGGUAAAAAAAUGGGGGAUCCGUAUGAUAUACAAGAAAGACAUAGAAGAUCUUGACAGAACAAUGGUCCAGUAUAGCAACAGCAGCAUCGCUCCUUAUGAUGGCAUGGAUGUUCUCCAUCAUAAUUUCGACCAUUCGUCAGUGGUUGUGGAAUGUCACAAAGUCAAGCGUAGUCAUGAUGAUUACAAUGGGGCUGGACCCAGUGGAGAAGGAAGCUCAAAAAGGAUUAAAAGGCACACAGAAACCAAUGUUAACUCUGAUUCUGAGGAGUCAAGUGAGUACAAGGACUGUGAUGAGGAGUUAAGCGAUUGUGAAGAAUCUAAUGAACGUAACCCUUAUGGUUAAUCAACUUUUCAGGUAACUAACAGUUCAAAAAACAAACAAAAGCCUAAACAGCCAGGAUAAGUAAAUGCAGACCAUUAGAGAGGGUUCAACUGCAACCAAUCCUGCUGGAGGAGAGCUGCAAGGGUAGGGGAUGGAAAUAGCGGGGAUCCAAUUUCUUUUUUAAAAAUAGAGAAUGUCCAUGUCCAUAGCUGCUUGUGACGAGUCAAGUGAGUGAUUAGUGACCUGAGAUUUUUUCAUUGGAAGGAAUUUUAUGAUGUGACCCAGAAGGUUAAUCAACUUUUUUCUCACUAUCACCAAGUAACUACUGGAGAGUCCCAAGGCAAGUGUGUCCAGUUGUGGAGGGAUGGCAGGUGUUGCUGACAAUUGAGGGGAUCUGGCAGAGCAGAUGCAAAUGGGGUUGUUUUGCCUAUGUAGCUAAAUAAUGGGCUGGCAGAUAAUUUUUCAGGCUGUUCUAGUAAUGCCGUAUGCAAACGAGUGGAAGCUUACUGUUUGAGUAGCAUAUUUUCCAGGCUUGUUUUGGUUAGUGGAAGAUUGGAGAACCUGUGGAAAAGAAGAAGGUUCCUUGGCAACUUGCUGUGCUGACUAAAGAACACAAGUGCAAGGAAGUUAGAGAACGCCAGUGGUGUACAUUUGCUGUGCAUGGGAGUCACUAAUGAGGCUAGAGCCCAGGAUUAUUGGACUUGUUCAUGAGGAGAAACUGUCACAUGGCCAAGAGACAAGAAGGCAAAUGCAGUCCAUUUUAUGCUUCUGAUUUUCGCUAUCCGUAAUAGAUUGCAAGUAAUCAGACUCAAGCAAGCAAGCAACUGUGUAGACAAGGUUGAAAAUUGGAGAAGGUAGCCUACUUGGAUUGGUCUGCACAGGUCUCUAAUGCACAAAAAGCGGAUCAGAGUAACUGCAGGAAAGUACCAAGGCGAGUGUGUCAAGUUGUGGAGGGUUGUAGGUGUUGCUGAAAAUUUAGGGACACUAGCAGAGAUAGUGUGAACGGGGUGGUUUUGGCUUUGUAGCCAAAUCAAGUGCUGGCAGGCUGUUGCAGUUAUUCCAUAUGCAACCAAAUGGCAUGCCGCUAGAUGCCCGUCUGUUCGGAAAGCAUUAACUAAGGCUAUACGGCUUGGUUUUUGUAGACUUGUUUCCGUAAUUUCUAUGAGUGGAGGACCUCUUUUUGAGAAGAAGGUUUCAUUUCAACUUGCUGUGCUGAUUGAAGACCACAAGUGCAUGGAAUUUAGAGAACGGUAGUGGCUGUAUAUUUUGUAGAUAAGAGAGUUGCUACAGAUGUUGGGGCCUUGCUUCAAAUUCUUUUGAACAUUUUUGGACUCUACUACCAGCCAACGCUUUAGACAUUAUUGUAUUAAUAAACCAUACCCAAAAAGAAAAUAGAAGGCGAAAAGAAAGAAGUUAAAUUAACACCUUUUCUGGACUAAUUUAAGCUAUGGCAUGCAACUACAUGCAAUCAUUAACAUUGUAAGACAUCAUAUAAGAGAUUUAUGUCCUUGCGUGAAAAUCA